CAGAAUGUCUCGUUUUGCUGACUUACGAGUUGUGAGCAAAGGGUUACAGAAUGUUGCCAGAGCAUUCUGUAAACACCAAGAAAAUGUCUUGAAAGAUAAGAUGGGUAACUGUAGUAUGAGGAAAAUGUUUGAUGGUGUACAGACCAAGGCGGAGGAAACCAUCAGUGAUGCAAUGACUAAAGUCAAAAACCCAUCCUGGUCCAAGGCGAGUACAUCAGGUACUAAUGGGAGUGCUUUCAACGGAUCACCUUUCACGACACCAGUUGAUACAAACCUGGACUCUGCAACAACUAAUAACAAUGCAAAGGCCUUCCAUUCUGAUUCAUCACACUAUGCUACAUCAUUCACUACAGAGGAACUUAUGAAACAGAAAGCUAGAAAUACUGAUGACGGAAGACCACCUAAGUCACCUCCUCCAAUUACACCACGUCCAAGGCCGACAGUAAAUGCAUCAUCAAAACCCAAAGUUCGACAGACUCUGAGUGAUAGAUCUCGCGAACGGAAAGUACCGGCAUCAAGAGCAGGAAGAAUGAUGAAUUUUGGUAGUUUGGCUGCUGGAUUGGGAAUGGGAGCGAUUGCUGAAUUUACUAGACGAGCUGUUGGUGCGAAGGACGAUAAUUCAAAGAUGUUUGAUAAAAGUGCAUUUCUAACAGAAGCCAAUGCUGAGAGAAUUGUAAAUACUUUGUGCAAAGUGAGGGGUGCAGCAUUGAAACUAGGACAGUUAUUGAGCAUCCAAGAUAAUUCAAUGAUAAGCCCUCAACUUCAGUCUGUAUUUGAGCGAGUUCGACAGAGUGCUGAUUUCAUGCCAAUUUGGCAGAUGGAGAAAGUUUUACAAAGAGAAUUAGGAGAUGACUGGAGAAGUAAAGUGAAAUCGUUUGAGAGUAAGCCAUUCGCUGCUGCAUCUAUAGGACAGGUACACCAUGCAACUUUGCAUGAUGGGAGAGAGGUAGCUCUUAAAAUUCAGUAUCCCGGGGUUGCACAAGGAAUAGACAGUGAUAUUGAUAAUAUAAUGGCGAUUCUUAACAUGUGGAAUGUUCUACCAGAAGGUAUGUAUGCUGAAAACGCCAUCGUAGUCGCACGCAGAGAAAUGUUAUGGGAAGUGGACUAUGUGAGAGAAGCUAAAAUGUCACAAAGAUUCAGGUGAGCUCAUUAGCAUAUACCGUAUUUGUUCUGUUGGAAGCGCAUUUCUAAGAGAAGCUCUCAUAAACCAAAAACUGA